AUGUUCAAAUAUUCUGUUAAGGACUCGGAGGAUACCCUGGCGCUGGUGUUCCAGAACGUGACUCCAGAGGACGCAGGACUCUACACCUGCGUCGCCUCCACCUCCUGCGGCAGGAUAUCCUGCAGUGCAGAGCUCACUGUUGAGGGUGCGGUCAAAAGGCUGCACAAGGACCCCGUGGCCCCCGCGGUCGCUGAGCCUCUCUCCGACGUGGCCACCGCGGCCGGCGGGUCCGCCUUCCUCGAGUGCAAAGUCACGGG